AUGAUGGAUCAACAGGAAGUAAAGUUCAAUCCCAUGGCGAGUGAGACUUCGUUUGCCAUUGAGCUAGAGGAAGGACUGAGGCGGUUCAAGGAACGCGAAGGAGGGACCUCCAAGAAACGCAAAAAGAGCAGGAAUACCCAACAACAACAACAACAACAGCCUUCCAGUCCUCCGGAACAACAACUGACUUCUGCUGGCUCCCUCUCUUCCCUUCGAUUUGACGACGACGACGAUCAUCGGUCCACGGGCAGUUUCAACAGCAGCAACUCGGUCGUUAACACCAAAUGGUUGCUCACGGCCUUGAUUGCCGCCUUGGGCGCGGCUGCCAGUGUCGCGUUCAUGGCCUUUGGAGUUCAUGCCACCAACUCGGACAUGGAAGCACGCUUUACCAGUUCCGCCGAAGGCAUCACCUACCGCAUCUUAUCGGCAUGGUCCACCUACGAGACGUUUGGAUUGUGGAUUCACGAGUCUUGUCAUGAUCAUGUUGAACGCAAUUACGACAUUGCACCCGAAGACGAUAUUGCCGGACACCUCGGCUAUUGUUCGCGACGAGACUUUCGAAAACUCUACGAACAUAUUACGGCACAGGGCGUCGGGAACAUUCUGGCGUCGCAGUAUUUGCCCAUUAUUCCUCAUGAUGUGCGAGAGAACUUUGAAGCUGAAGCCAGAGAAUACUAUGUCAAGUACUAUCCACAUUUCAACUACACGGGCAUUACCGAACAAGUCUUCUUGCCAGAGGGAGGAUCCACCUUCUCACCCAGAGCAAAGGCAGACCACUACAUGCCACUUCAUUACGUUGAACCAGUCGAAGGCAAUGAAGCAAUCAUUGAGCUGGACAAGCUCACAGCCACGGCCAGUUCCAUCAAUGUCAUUAUUGCAUUGGACACGUGGAAGCCUGUCCUCAGUCCUCGAUUGAAACUGCUCCAGGAUACUUCCGAUGCCUAUGGUGUCAUUCUGGCACAUCCCGGGGUACCAACUUCCGUCGAAAACGUUACACGCAUGAACUCGGUGGCACAAAUUGUUGUCCGAGUACCCUCCUUUCUAGCAUAUGCACUCCAAUCUGCAGCCGAAGACAAAACAGUCUACUUGUACGAUACGACUGCUAGCAGUAGUACCGGUGAAUCGUCCGAGUUUCUAGGUGCCUUGGCGGUCGACGUACCCGACGAUGACGACGGCAAGUCAUCAUCAUCAUCCCAACCCACCUUUACCGAAUUGCCCGAAGUCAGUUUCACCGACAUUCCCCAACCCGGUCGCUAUUUUGAACGAGAAUUGGACGUCGCGGGCCGAAAGUGGACCAUGGUCGUGGUAUCCACCGAUCAUCAAGCUGAUUUGCUAUUUGUUAUUCUAGGAGGAACAAUCAUCUUUUUGGCCAGUUUGUUUUGUGCUGCAUGGUUCCAUUCCCAUCUCAGUCGAGUGACCAAACUCAAUCGAAUCAAGUCGCGAGCACAGGCCGAAAAGGCAGAGAUUGCACGCAUUCAAGCCAUGAAGGAGAGACAACUCAAUGAAUUCAUUGCCCAUGAAGUUCGCAACCCGCUCUCGGCUGCAAUGUCCGCACUGAGUUUUGUUUCUGUUGGAGUAGCAGAGAAUGUGCCCAAUCCAAAACACAAACAAUCCAUCCUGGAAGAUGUCGGAGUCAUGGAUGCAAGUCUCCAGUUCAUCAAUGAGCUCCUUCGCAACAUGUUGGAUAUCCACAGAGCCCGAAGUCGACAAAUCAAACUCAACCUGAGUCCCAUUGAUAUUCGUAGAGACAUUCUGGAUCCAGUGGCUGCCAUUCUUUUUAUGAGAGGUGCCAAGGUGGAAAUCCGGAUUGAAUGCCCUCCUGAUUUGGCAGCCAAUGGGGACCGCAUGAGGUUGAAACAGAUAGUGUUGAAUCUCAGUGCCAACGCAGUGAAAUUCGUGGACAAAGGCUACAUUUGUCUCAAAGCAGCAAUUGUUAACAACUCGGUGGAACUCUAUGUGGAAGAUUCAGGGCCUGGAAUUCCAAUGCAGAAAAGAGACAGGUUGUUUGCAAAGUUCCAAGAGUCAUUGGACUCGCUCAACCAAGGGACUGGCAUUGGACUCGCUGUUUGCAAAAACCUUUCCGAACUAAUGGGCGCCGACAUUUGCCUGGACGAAGAAUUCCAAAGUGGAGUAGAUGGCUGUCCUGGGACGCGGUUUGUGCUACGAUUGAAUCAACCUCCCUUGGAAAUGGAGAAGAGCUUGCAAGAGCACCAACCAGAACAAUCAUCCAACGAAGCAGAAGCGCUACCAGAAGGACAACAACCAGCAAGCACCGUGAUGGCAGGGGAAGCCGCGGCCGCCGCCAUGAUAAAUGGAUCAACGGGACCGUCGUUCGAGUUGCCAGAUACCUUGUCUAUUCUGGUAGUGGAUGACGACACAAUGAUUCGAAAAAUGUUUCGCAGAGCAGCACUACGGGUGGCCCCGCAAUGGGAGGUUGAGGAGGCCGCCAAUGGUGAAACGGCGCUGGUGAUCACUGAAACGAGACAGUUCGAUGUGAUCUUCCUUGACCAAUACAUGGCCAGUGUGGAGAAGCAAUUGUUGGGAACCGAGACAGCCCGAGCGCUCCGUUCUCGAGGCGUGCAGAGCAUCAUUUGUGGUCUUUCAGCCAAUGACAUGGGUGAGCAAUUCCUGGAAUCAGGUGCAGAUACGUUCAUGAUGAAACCGUUUCCUUGCAAGAAGGAAGCCUUGACGCGGGCAUUGCAUGAAGUUCUGAAUGCAGGGCGAGUGGGAAUUCGCUCUGUGGAGGAGGAAGAAGAAAAGGUAGAAACAACGGUAGAAUCGUCCACCUCCACUGGUGUCUCUGCGACUACCGGUAGCUAG